UGACUCACUGGAAGACGAUGCCAGGGGGUCUAGAAGCCCUCAGAGCCCUGCCUCUUCUCCUCUUCUUGUCCUACACCUGCCUGGGUCCUGGAUGCCAGGCCCUGCGGGUAGAAGGGGGUCCACCAUCCCUGACGGUGAACUUGGGCGAGGAGGCCCGCCUCAUCUGUGAAAACAAUGGCAGGAACCCUAAUAUUACAUGGUGGUUCAGCCUUCAGUCCAACAACUCAUGGCCCCCAAUGCCACUGGGUCCUGGCCAUGGUACCACAGGCCAGUUGUUCUUCCCCGAAGUAAACAAGAGCCACAGGGGCUUGUACUGGUGCCAAGUGAUAGAAAACAACAUAUUAAAACGCUCCUGUGGUACUUACCUCCGCGUGCGCAAUCCAGUCCCUAGGCCCUUCCUGGACAUGGGGGAAGGUACCAAGAACCGCAUCAUCACAGCAGAAGGGAUCAUCUUGCUGUUCUGUGCAGUGGUGCCAGGGACGCUGCUGCUAUUCAGGAAACGGUGGCAAAAUGAGAAGUUUGGGGUGGACAUGCCAGAUGACUAUGAAGAUGAAAAUCUCUAUGAGGGCCUGAACCUUGAUGACUGCUCUAUGUAUGAGGACAUCUCCAGGGGACUCCAGGGCACCUACCAGGACGUGGGCAACCUCCACAUUGGAGAUGCCCAGCUGGAAAAGCCAUGACUGACAUGCCCCACCCUUCCCGCUCCACCCCUGCCUGCCAUAUGUCUGACUCCAGCAUCCCUGCCUCCCCACUCUUCCCCUGGAGUCCCCUCUUCCCAGUGCCACUCGAGUGGCCUACCCUUGCCUCCAGGCUGCCCCACCCUAUUCUCCCACCUAAUCUUGUCCUUCCCCAAGUCCGGCUCCCUCUCUAGUGGGUAAUGAGCCCUUAAUAGCUGCCUCUAGGGGAGCUGAUUACAGCAGCCUCGUUAGUGUCACCCCCCUCCUCCCAGAUCUGUCAUGGCCACUUAAGUGAUAAUAAAUCCUUCCCAAAGCA